AAGUCGUUAUCACAUCAAGUCAAUGACUCUGCUUCCCCGGCACACCGGCACACAGACGUCGGAGCAAUAAUGGCGGCGUCGGUGGUAGCCGCAUUGAAGACGCUGUUCAGCCUAUUGGCUUGUGUGAUGUUCGCCACGCUUCUUUGGGCAAUCGCCAUGGAUGGCCUCGCUUCUUGCGUAGACCUUCGCGCAAGAGAGUUUGAAGAUUGAAGUUUAAUUAGGGAUGAUUUUACCCAUAAUCAAAUCCCAAACAAUUUCCUAUUUAAUUGAAGGUGGUUGUUUGUGGCGUACAUAAACUUUUACAUAAAUGUUGCUGUUAUAGGGAUUUGGUUUGUUUACAAGGAAGCAAGCUGGAUGAGGGCAGUUGUUUUGAUACUUUUAGAAAUUGUGUUUGGAAGCAUUAUUACAUCUGGAUAUAUCGUUAUACAGUUAUUCAAGUUGUCACAUGAAGAAUCUUCAAAGGAUCCAUUAUAUUUUGUGUUGGUAAAACAUGAAAAAAGGGAUGCCACGGGACAUAAGAUGGGAGUGUCUUGUGUAACAUCAAGAAUAAUCAUUUCUUCACUAGGCUGCUUCAUGCUUGGAACUUUUAUUUAUGUGCUUAUUGUUGAUGGAUCUCCAUUUCGUACUCAAGUAUUCUCAACGUGCAUGAUUGGAACACUAACCGACUUCUAUUUUAAUGUAGUGGCUUUAUCGGUGUGGGUAGCAUAUAAGGAAUCAAGUUGGAUAAGUGCUUUUUUUGUGGAUACUAUCACUUAUAUGUUUUGGGAGCAUUGGUACAUGUGUCUACAUACUCGGGCAGUUAUUGAACAUCACACCUCAACAGCCUGUUUCCCUUGUGUUUUUCAACAACAAUAAAAGAGACUUGUCAAGCGAUCCUCUAUUGAUGGCGCAUGCAAUUGUAUGACUUUAGUGUUUAGCAGUUUGCUAUUUUUUCUAACAAAAGUGGCAUUUUGAAAUUAGUAUUCACCAUUGAAGACACAUCGUUGUACUAUAUGAAUUAUGAUUCUAUUAUUAGGUAACUACUUUAACUA